GAAAUGAGCGAGAUCCGGAGUUAUGCUACCUGUGGGUUGCCAUAACUAAGAGGCUGGGCGACUCGGACUGUCAAGGCGCGAGUCGGACACAUCGGUAGUCUGUGUGCACCUCGCUGUCCACGCUGUCUGGCGGCUUCUGCAGAAAGGAAGUGUGAUUUGUAUACGUUUAAAGUGAGAGAAAAAAGGCAUCAGCAUGGCAGAGGGAAUGCAUGGUAAAGGCAAAGUAGUGCUGGCUUAUAGCGGUGGUCUUGAUACAUCCACCAUUUUGGUGUGGUUUGUGGAGCAAGGAUAUGAGGUUGUUGCUUACUUGGCAAAUAUUGGGCAAGAAGAGGAUUUUGAAGCAGUGAAAGCAAAAGCAUUGAAAUUUGGAGCAUGCAAGGUAGUGAUACCUGAUCUUCGACGUGAAUUUGUAGAAGAGUUCAUUUGGCCAGCAAUCCAAGCGAAUGCCAAAUAUGAAGAUCGCUACCUUCUGGGUACCUCCCUUGCCAGGCCUCUCAUUGCACGGGCGAUGGUGCAAAUUGCAAAAGAUGAAGGAGCACAAUAUGUGUCGCAUGGAGCCACAGGCAAAGGCAAUGACCAGAUCCGUUUUGAGCUCACAUCCUAUGCACUGCAUCCAGGAAUCAAGGUCAUUUCACCAUGGCGAGAACCUGAAUUUUAUAAGCGUUUUCCAGGACGAACUGAGCUGUUUGAAUAUGCCAAGUUACAUGGUAUACCCUUACCUGUGACACCCAAAGCACCAUGGAGCAUGGAUGCCAAUCUGAUGCACAUAAGCUAUGAGAGUGGAGUCCUUGAGAACCCCUAUAACCCAGCACCUGACGGCCUGUUCAACAUGACACAGGACCCAGAGAAUGCACCUGAUAAGCCUGAGAUAAUUGAAAUCGAAUUUGAGAAAGGUGUGCCAGUGCGUGUUAAAAACAUUGAUGAUGGUACAGAAAAGACAGAACCAUUGGACUUGUUUGUUUACUUGAAUACAGUAGGGGGGAAGCAUGGUAUUGGACGUGUUGACCUAGUGGAAAAUCGUUUUAUUGGGAUGAAGUCUCGAGGAAUCUAUGAGACACCAGGUGGCACCAUCCUCAUUGAAGCACACACUGACAUUGAAGUCUUCACUAUGGAUAGGGAAGUAAGGAAAAUCAAACGUGAUCUGGAUAUCAAGUUUUCAGACCAGGUGUAUAAAGGUUUCUGGUUCAGCCCUGAAUGUGAAUUUACACGUUUUUGCAUCAGCAAGAGUCAGGAAUGGGUGACUGGGACUGUUCGCAUCAAACUCUACAAAGGUGGGGUCUACAUCAUGGGUCGCAAGUCACCAUUCUCGCUGUAUAAUGAAGAGCUAGUCAGCAUGAAUGUUCAAGGAGAUUACGAACCAAGAGAUGCAGGAGGCUUUAUUAAAAUCAAUGCACUCAGGCUGCAAGAGUAUGCCCGACUUCGUUCUAAUUCCAACUGAGGAUUUCAAGAACUAUCAGUCUACUUUCAGCAUACAGCUGCAAGAGCUAAAGAAAAAGGAUUUAUGACUGCAAUCCAUUCUUCAGUAACAGACUCGUGUCUAUAUUAUUAAGAUUACACUGUCUCAGACCUCCUCUUCUGAACCAAAUGUAAAGCUAAAAAGUCUUAAUGAAUGUAGACAAAGGGAGUGAAUCUCUCACUAAAGACUAUAGAAAUCCAUAUUUGGUGUUGGUAAAGGAAUUUUUAUUUUUACAAACUCUUCCACAUUGAUUCUACCAAAACAUUUUAUUUUUUCCCACAUAAAGCAAGUGCAAAUAAAGAAUGAAACAUUCA